AGUCGGGUAUCUAGUUAUUAUAUAUAUCUGUGGUAUGAACACAGAAUGAUAAUGCUUAUCCGUUUUCUGUUAUCAGUCCAUCUAAAAUCCGCGAAACUGUGAAAGUUAAGAGAGUGCAAAAAUUAUACAAAGUUGCAAAACUGGUUCAGUGUAAAAUCUUUGAUCUUAUCAUGGCACAUAUUUUGAUCAUGCAACCACCAUUAAAAAGAUUAAUGCCUCAAUGACCACGAGUUAAAGCAAGCCAAGAAAAUUUAUUUAUUAACAAUCAUGAUCAGUGACAAAAUAAUUAUUAUAUUUAUCGAUUAAUGAAUAUUUUUAAUUUCAGUAUACCAUAUUCAGCCGUUUGGUCCAAUCAAACGCUUUUUUCGAAUACUACUAUAGUUUGGAGAAUUUUAGUGAAAAAGGUUCCACUUAAUUGUUAUGGAUAAGUCAGCCAAGGAGAUAUUUUUCCAUUCAUGCAUAAAUGGUGAUUUGAGUACAAUUAAAAUUAAUUUGUUCCAUAAUGUAUCACCGUUCAGCCUAGACAAGUAUGGAAACAAUGCUUUGCACCUAGCUUCCAUGAACAAUCAACCAAAAGUAUUAGAAUACUUACUAAAAAGUGUCAAAACUUAUAAAAGCAAUUUUCGGAAUAAAAUUGGACGUACUGCUUUAAAUAUUGCAGCCGCUCAAGGUGCAUUUGAGUGCAUUGAAGUUUUACUAAACAACUUCCCUUGUGACAUCAAUUCUACAGAUAAGAUUUUUAACAAUAGUCCAUUACACUGGUGUGUUACAAGCAAAUGUAUCAAAGGUGUUAAGAAGUUAUUAGAUAUGGGAGCUGAUUUCACGCUUGUAAACAAAUUUGGUAAAACUCCUUUGCAACUUGCCAAAACAACAUGUUUGGACAUUUUUCAUUUAAUAGACAAUUUCAUUAAAAAUAAAAAUAAGGACCAAUUUUUACACACAACUCUACAGCCUAAUAAUGAUAUUAGAACAAAUAUGAAUAAUACCUCAAAAUCAUCAAAUUCACCACAAUUUAAAAAAAAUAAUGGUAAUUCAAAAUCAAAUUCAAAAAUAUUUAAUAAGACUGUUGAUCAGCAAAGUGUCAAUUGUGAAACAAUAUUAGGCCCUAAUUUGGUAUCUAAUAAUUCAGAUGAAUCAUUUUAUCUGGAUAUUUCAAAACUAAAACAUGGUGAUAAUUCUGUUUUAAAAUUAUUGGAAAAAUCUAUCGAACCAGUCGACGAAACUUCUUUUGUAUCAUCUAUUUUAAACAGUGGAAAAGUUAUUCAGCUGACUGAAGCUGGUAUACUUGCUUUGGAAUACACAAAAAAUGAAAUAAAUACCCCAAUUCCUGAUCGCCUUGUACAAAGCUUCUUGAACACAUCUCAACAAUAUAAUGAAAAUGAAAAUCAUCUUGACUAUGAUAAUAUUGAAAAAGAUAUUGAAUUAGGUUCAACAACACUUUCCAGAGGAUUAAAACGAUUGAAAAGUCCACAACCCUGCUCUAAAAGAUUUAAAUAUACUGAAAGUACUAUGACUUCAGAGUUUGAAAGUUUAUUGGAUCAAUUGGGUUCUAAAUGUACUAAAACUGUACCCAAAGUUUAUAAUUCAAAUUCUUACUGUUCACAAAGCUUGUCAUCUGUAGAAAAUAAUACAAUGAGAAAUAAUGAAGUUUGCAAUCAAAAUCAAUUAGUAUGUGUAAACCCUGACAUUAAUGCUCAACCCAAAUGGGUAGAUGAUCUAAUGAGUUUAUUUCAUAAAUUAAAUAAUUCUGCCAUAGUGGAACAAAUCAAUUGAACUAACUUGAUGCACUUAGUAAUUUAUUAUUAGUUAACACCUACCAUUUUUGUUAUUCCUAGUUGUACUGUUUAGAAAAUACAUUUUUCACAUUUAACUAUUAUUUUCUUAACAUUUUGGAGGGGGGCUGUAGGCACCUCACCCCUCCCUGCUGGCUAUGCCAGUAUUCCACUGGUAUGUGGUAUACAUUUUGUAAGAGAAACCAUAACUUGUAUACAAAAUCUUCUUUUAUUCCAAAAAACUGCUCAGAAGUCAGGACAUCAAUGAUCCAUACCUACAUUAUUAGUUAAUAUUUUUUCUAUUGAUCUCAAAUUAUUUUAGGUUUUACAUAUUUUGUUUUAUUUAAAAUAUUUAAUAAUUUAUUUAAAAAGUAUAAAAUUAAUUAAAUUAACUACAUUAACAAAUUUUUUAUUUUUUAUUUCAAACAUUUAUUAGUUGUUUGAAUUGUCAUUGUAUACUUAACAAAAUGCCAUGCCAAUAUUUAUUAUUUAUUAUCCAAAAACUAAUACAGUAAUACCUUUUGUUUUUUGUUCUGAUUACAUAACUAUUCACUAAUCACAUUAAAGCAAAACUGUAAUUUUUAUAUAUAUUUAUAUUAUGUAUUAUGUAAAUAAAAUAAUGGAAUUAGAUUAACUCAUAGAGCUACCUAUAGUCUCAGGUUCCCCGGAGACUACUCAUGCACGCUAGUGUUCGCUAUGGCGAGUAGUCUACUAGUCUCUGGGUGCCUGAGAAUAAGGUACACAUUUGAAAACCUUAUGUAUAUUAAUUUACUUUAAUAAACGAUGGUGGCACUGCUACGAUCAUUGUUAAUCAAAACAAUCCAUUUUUUAAAUCAGUAAUUUAAUAUUUUACAAAUUAUUCAUAUUUAUAUAUAUUAAUCGUAUAUUGUAUAUCAUUACUUAUUUAUAUAUAUUAUACAUUUUUUUAUUUUAUUUAAAA